AUGGCCUCCAAAGGGCGUAGCUAUGACGAUGCGAUAGCACUGUUGGAUACUUUGCAGUCCAAUCGAACAAUUGUUUCCUCCAUUUCGAAGACCUCGGAAGAUAUGAACAUGUAUGCUAUACCAGAAAUGCUAGAAUGGACCCGCAAGGCGGGGUACGAGACUGGAGAUUUCUCAAAGCGCGGAUUAAAAUGUAUACACGUAGCUGGAACAAAAGGGAAAGGUAGUGUGUGUGCUAUGAUAGGUAACAUUCUGCGACAGUAUCGGCGCAAAGAAAAUGACGUUGGAGUUGUACCAGGGGACGCGAAAAGGAAGGGUCUAGGGAAGAUUGGGCUUUAUACCUCACCACAUCUAAUGACAGUGCGUGAACGAAUAAGGAUAGAUGGUUCACCAAUAUCAGAACGUCUAUUUGCUCGCUAUUUCUUUGAGCUCUGGGAUCGAUUCUCCGAUGCUUCUGCCGCAUCUACUGCCCCGCAUUCGAAUCCUACGUCCUCGGAGACCAAGCCAGGAUAUUUUCGAUAUCUCACUAUUAUGGCACUUCAUACAUUUAUGGAGGAAGGUGUGGAAACCGCCAUCAUAGAAUGUGGUAUUGGAGGAGAAUAUGAUAGCACGAAUAUACUGCCUGCUGAAGCAGUUACUACCACCGCGAUCACGAAACUCGGUAUCGACCAUGUUGGAGUGCUGGGAGACACAAUUGAUAAGAUAGCUUGGCACAAGGCUGGAAUUAUGAAGAAGAACAUUUCGUGUUUCACCUCCCCACAACUCCAAACAGCACAGUCUGUUCUAGAAAACCGCGCCAAGGAAAUUGGUGUCAAAUUGGAGGUCGUGAAUAGACAUUCCGGCUUUGACAAUGGAAGCAUUGAAUUAGGCACAGAGGGGAAUUUCCAGAAGGAUAACGCCAGUCUGGCAAUGGCUGUUGCAGCUUCACAUUUACAAGAUCUAUGUAUUAAAGAUGUGCCUACCCCUUCUGAAUUAUUCACUCCUGAACAACCCAUCCCAGGUCAAAUUUUGGAAGGGCUAAAGACAGUCAGAUGGGCUGGUAGAUGUGAAGUUGUGGUCACUGGUAAUAUUAAAUGGUUCAUCGAUGGUGCGCACACAGUGGACAGUAUCAAGGAGACUGGCCGUUGGUACGCUUCGAAACUCAAUCAAGCCGCCGCGCAAGGGGUUUCCCCCACGAAAAGCAUACUAAUUUUCAAUCAACAAGACCGUGAUCCUGAAAUGCUUAUUCGGACAUUACUGGAAAACAUUCACAUUUCUUUCAGAGCUUUUGACUUCGCUGCGUUUUGCACCAAUAUACCUUUCAAGAGCGAAGGAGAGGAUAGUGGCAUCAUUGAUCUUAGCCAACAGAAGUCGGCGUCUAAAUUUUACUCAGGCCUGGAUCGUAGUCCAAUGUGUAUGGAGUAUGCGAGUAUCCAAGAAGCGGUAGAGCUUGUGCAUAUGGUAUCCGAAGAUGAGGAACGUCUCUUCGUUCUGGUAACUGGAAGUCUGCAUCUCGUCGGUGGUCUCAUGAAAGUUCUUGAAUAUCAAGGUAAGAAAGAGGGAGAAGUGCAGAAGCUCCCUCAAUAG